AUGGCAAUGUGGUCAGUGUUUACCCUCUUCGCCAGCGUUUUGCUGGCUUCUACACAGGCACAGAACACGGAAACUACAGGCGAGUUCACGCCUGUGGUCACAGCAACAUGCAAGACAGGAAUAAUGGCGAUAAACGUGUCGUUCAAUCAACCCUUCACCGGUGUGGUACAUGCCAGAGAAUUCAGAACACCGGCAUGUAUGGCCUUGGGUAACGGCACCGAAUCACUCAGCUUUGACAUCAACUUGAUAGCAGCACAAGGAUCACCACAGUACUGCGGCGUCUUUUGGAAUAAUCGUACAGAUGAACGGUCAUUGCCGUUGGCGGUUCGUGUUCACAGAACUUUGGAGCUGGCUGACGACAAGUUUUAUGUCAUUACUUGUGGCAAGGCAGGCUUCAGAAAUGCACGAAACGAAACUUCACUAGUAUCUCUGCGAAUGUUAGAUUCACAAGGUAGAAAAGUUCUGAAUGCUGCGUUUGGUCUCCCUUACACGCUACGAGCUGAGAUCAGCAAACCUGAUGGAACACAUGGAAUUCGAUUAAAAAACUGUUUUGCGUUCAACAUGCGAAAUAAUACAGUGGAUCUUCUAGACAGCAAGGGAUGUCCAGUGAAACAACAAUCGGUGGUGGUGAAGUCAGAGAGCGGGGUAGCCGAGCUAGCGAUAGCAUCUAUGUUCCGGUUUCCGGACUCUUCGCAGGUCAACUUUCAGUGCGACGUGUCCCUUUGUAGAGGAACAUGUUCAGCAAUAGACUGUAGUACAGAAUCGAGUUUGGAGAAAACUGACGAGGAGAGUACUGUUACUGCCUCCACUGGCAUCUUCGUCCUUGACCCAAACGAUGCUGCAGUAGCAGCAUUGGCGUGUACGGACAGCAGUGUGCGUCCGCUGUGGCUGCUGUAUCUCGCCAUCGCCCUCGGCGUCAUGUUCAUUGUCAUGCUGCUUAUCAACUGCUUCCUAUGUACGGCUAUGACUUGUUCAUGUGCAAGAACUGAUGUAAUUGAGAAGGAUCCCUCCGUGGUGGAAGACUACGAUCCGUACCGAAGCUGGCACGGAAGUCAAUAUGGGAGCCGAUAUCCAUCCUCCACUAUACAUUCUACAAGGUCAAUCUCGGACAAUAGUGACCACUACGCGAUAGUGCAAUCAAGGCCAGGCAGUCGACAUUCCGGCAUGCACCGAAAUAGACAUUGA